CUCUCUAUGAAAACCCAACACUCAAAAAUUUCUCCCAUUUUUUGAAACCCUUGCGGCGUCAAGAUGCAGAUCUUCGUCAAAACCCUAACGGGGAAAACCAUAACCCUUGAGGUCGAGUCUUCCGACACCAUCGACAAUGUCAAAGCCAAGAUCCAAGACAAGGAAGGCAUCCCUCCCGAUCAACAACGCCUUAUCUUCGCCGGGAAGCAGCUUGAAGACGGCCGCACCUUAGCCGACUACAAUAUCCAGAAGGAAUCCACUCUUCACCUCGUCCUCCGCCUCCGCGGUGGUGCCAAGAAGAGGAAGAAGAAGACCUACACCAAGCCCAAGAAGAUCAAGCACAAGAAGAAGAAGGUCAAGCUCGCCGUGCUCCAGUUUUACAAGGUGGACGAGUCGGGUAAGGUUCAGAGGCUGAGAAAAGAGUGUCCCAAUGCCGAGUGUGGUGCUGGAACCUUCAUGGCUAACCAUUUUGAUAGGCAUUAUUGCGGUAAGUGUGGGCUCACUUAUGUUUACCAGAAGGCUGGUGGGGAUUGAGUGGGAUAAGAUGGAUUUUUAGUUGUUUUCAAAUAAUCGUAUUGUCAUGUUCUUAUUUUUGUUUGUUUUAGUAUGUUAUAAUUUUGGGGUUUCUAUUUUGGAAUUUUGGUUGCUAAUUUAAAUGUUUGAAUCAAAUCUUAUGAAGUUUUCUUCUUCUUUA